CACACACACAUCCACAGUAUGGAAAGAGCGAGACAGAGGUGGACACGGUCUGUCUUAACGCAGAGAGCCGACCUGCUUAGUGCGCAGUGACAGAGGAAUACAAAAACCCAUAGCAAAUAGACAAAGUUUUGUGUGACCAGUCCCCCUCCGCGCGGUUUUCUUUUUCCCUUGAACGCCAUCCAGCUGGUCCAUGGGUUCAAGUUGCACAUAGGACUUGCGCUUACAAGUUUCCAAUGUACAGAUACUUGGAGACGACUGGAGAAUCGAGCAUGGGAUUAUUUUUGUAAUGUGGAUUGCUAUUCCUUUGCAAGAAGAUAAAGGUCUGCUGCGGAACAAUGUCAGACGUUUUGCGUCUAGGAUUCUCGUGUUUCUGGAUAUCUUGAAAAUCAUUGGCAACAGUUGAGAUUGAAGAAGUUAUGCGCAAAGGAUUGUAUGCUCCGACCCCGGGACCAACAUGGAUUUGCCAUUACAACCCCCUGCCCCUUAUUUAGAGAAGUUAUAGCCGGUCCACUUGUUUUGUUGUUGUUGUUGUUAUUGCAAACUUCAUGCUUGAGGACAAAUCGCCACAUUGGCCUCUUGGAUUUUAAACGUCGCCUGCCUUUGGAUUGGAUUUCAAACACGAUGAACUUUAUUGACAGUUUGACACUAUUAUUUUUGACGCUGUCAGCUGUCAAGAGCGCCCACAUACCGAAGGAACCAGAAAGAGGUCCACAUGCCGUGAUCCCUUUAAUGGAGGUGUACAACAAGAGUUUGUGUAAGCCUCGAGAGCUGCUGGUGGAGAUUAUGCAGGAGUAUCCGGAGGAGGUGGAGCACAUCUUCAUCCCGUCGUGUGUGGUGUUGACGCGCUGCGCCGGCUGCUGCAACGACGAGAUGAUGCAGUGUAUGCCAACGUCCAGCUAUAACGUCACAAUGGAGAUAAAAAGAAUAAAACCACAAAGGCAACAAAAUGAUAUUUUCAUGAGUUUCACAGAACACAGCGCAUGUGAGUGUAGGUCAAAGAUAGAAGUGAAAGAAGAGAAAGAAAAUGUUUGUGAGCCAUGUUGUGAGCACUGCUCAGAGAGGAGAAAGCGUUUGUUUGUGCAGGAUCCCACUACCUGCCGAUGCUCCUGCAAACAUACAGACGAAUACUGUAAAGAACGCCAGCUCGAGCUCAACGAGAGGACCUGCAAAUGUGACAAGCCUAGGAGAUGAGAGAGGCGGCAGCACCAGAUGUACAAGAUGAAGGAAUAUUCUAGAGAUAUUUCACAGCACAGCACUUUGACCUUUGAACCGUAAGCUCUUCUUUUCUGUGGAAAGCAUUCCCCUUGGACAGACAGAGAGAACAAUACAGAAAGUCUGAACUGAAGUUCCCUCCCACUGUUUAUCUUUGUGUGUAUAUAGACCAUGAUAAAAGUAAAAAAAGAGUAGAGAAUUGUUAUGCUGCUACAGAAAAAAAAAAUACUAAACCCAUCAUUUUACAAAAAGCAAAUGGCCGCCAUGUGGUUUUGCAUUUCUAACAGGCUUGCUAUGCAGGUGUAGUCUUGUUGUCAAUUAAUUGUAUGCAAUUACUUCACUGGAUAUGAGUCUCUACUGUGGUUGUGUGUCAAUCAUAACAUUGCAAAACCUCUCAAUCUAAGAUAUAUUUAACUGCUAAAAGGUGAAGCUGAAGAGGACAUGGGAGCGCACUCUCUAAGAAUAAUGGAUGGAUUUCAUCGGACAAUAUCUACUUUUGCUUUUGGAGUGAAAAACAGCAGGUAAACCAGGACUGUUGAACAAUGCAGGACUGACAUGGAGUUACACAAUGUCACCAUUGUGAUCAGCUUGCAGGAGAAGAAACUCUGGAGUGCCAUUUACGAGUAAAGGGAUACCGGUUAUCAAUAUAGCAUCUAAUGUUUUGCUAUGUCCUACAUGAAAACCACUGAAAAUAUCCUAUACUGUAGUUUGAUUCCAUUUUAAAAACUGUGCCUCACACAAUUUACUGAGAAAUCUUUUCGAGUGCUUUUUAAAUUAUUUUUUUGUGUCCUUGUUUCAGGAGGGGGUUGUCAAGGUAGUUUUGUUAGUUGUUCAAUACGGAAACCUUUGAUUACAUAUCUCUUCUCUGAACCUGUACAUACUUACUAUCUCCUUAUGCCAUAGUCCAUUUUAGAUAAUUUAUAAUGUUAUAGAGUAUGUUUCAGUAUUCAGUCUUCUACCCAUAUUUAAUUUGGUCUAUUUAUAUAUGCAGUGUUAUGUACCUAUGGCUGUCAUAUUUCCCCCUAUGUGUAAGGUCACUGAUGGCUUCUCUCAGCAUGGACUCUCUGUGCUUUUCUACAAAAAAACACAAAAAAAUCGAACUGAUUUGUUAACAUUCCCUAAAUAUAUCAUUUGUACUGGUGUACUGAUGACAUCUCUGGAUUUCUCAACCCCUCUUACCUAAGGGUGUGGUUGCUGUGUAGGAUUUCAACAUGUGUGUAUCUGUGUGUUGGUGUAUGUGUGUGUGUAUGUGUGUUAAUGUGCAUUUGUCAAUGGGCACAUCUGUGUGUAAGUAAGUUGUAUUAAGGUAUUUAAGUAAGUAGCGGACUUGUGUUUUGUCCGUCCUGCAAGAUGCAAAAACAAAUAAACUACUGCUAGCAGCUCAUCAUACACUACACCACCACCACCGUUUGAAAUUUGGAUAACAAUCUGCAUCAUUUCUGCCAUCAGUCCUAGAGCCCUCAUUAUUAGUUCUCUUUGUCUCUCCUUUACUAUUAACAUGUUUUCUGUGUCUAUGUAAAACAGUAAAGCAUAUUUAUUUUCAAAUUAUAUUGUUUUUAUAUAAAAUAAGCAAAAGGUU